AUGAAGAACUUGUGUUUGGUCAUACACUGUACCUCCAAACCAGGCCGUGCUAUAAACUACUCCUACAAUAAAGACACUGAUGUGUAUGUGGUGUACAACUUUUCACUUCUACAUCAACAUGUGGGUAAACUUCUAAAGGACUACCAGAACGGUGAGAUCAGUGUUGUGCUUCUAUACAAGCAAUUGCCUGCUCUUCUUGAGGCAACGAAGCUUUUGUAUCAGGAAAGCAACGAAGAAAAGAAACAAAAGGUUUACAAUGACUACAAACUGCUGUACAAGCGUCAAUUGGCUAUUGUAACGGGAAACACUGGAGCUGGAGGUGCUUUGAACACUGAUUUCGAUGUGAAGUUGCCUCAGGGCCAUUCAGAUAAGACGCUAGGGUUUGAAACAUUUUUCAUCUUUGAUACAACUGGAUUUGAACCGCUGGAUCAUUUGUCAGAAAGUAAUACCGGUAAACAGCAGCUUCUACGGUUCUUAGCUUUAAAGCAUGGUGGUUAUUAUGGUGCAAUUUCAGGUAAACUCGAAGAAUUGGAGGACCCAGAAACGUGUCAAUUAUUCUUGUUAUCUUUGAAAGGCGGGUUGAGCAAGGAAGAGGAACAGCAUAUAUUCACAGCCAAAGGCGAUCCGAUCACAGAUAACAUCAACCUGCAUCAGCGGAUCGCCUUGGGAUGGGAUCUGUGGAGUAAAAUACAAAUGGUGGCUAGACUGAUAUCUAGACGAGACGAUUGGGGUUUGUUAGAUGAAGAAGUCAAGUUGGCAGAGCUAGACGACCUUUACGAGGCUUUCUUGAGGAAGGAGGGGCAAGAUUUUCUUGGGAAGGCGAAGGAGAUCGUGGGAUUCAAGGAACCGCCCGAGAAGGCUCUGCCUCCGCCUAUGUUAACGUACAACGAUGUGAUUAAGAAGCUCGAGGAAGCCAUUCUGGGAUGA